AUGUCAACAUCUACUCAGCUUCAAUGUGGUGGUCGAACUUGUGCUCAAUGUGGAAAAUGCUGUGAUUGGGUUCCCACUUAUUGCACUAACUAUAAGCGUCGUGAUGAUGGAACUUGCACUGACAAUACUGACACUCUUUAUGAAGUUCUUUUUCGUACUGCGCUUGCUGUUUCUGAUGCUCGUCCUUCUGCUCGUAUAUCUCAAAGAAUUCCCCGUAGUCAUGCUGCUAAUCGUUGUCGUAGUGGUGUUGAUGAUCUUAACGCUGCGCUUAAUGCUGCUAUUCGUGAUGGUGAUCUUCAUGAGGUUAUUAUUGAUGCCCUUGCUCUUGCUGAAACGAUUGCUUAUGAUAUUGAUCGUGCUCGUGAUGGGGAUGGUCUUGCUAUUCUUCAAGCCGCUAAAGCUGUUCGACGUGCUCAGCAUGAUCAUGUAUGCCAAUGUGUAGACUCCCAUCAGCCGAGCUAUCCCACAGAGAGUCUUGCUGCUGUGUCAGAAAAUACAGUUAUGGCAUCAACACCUUCAUCGACAACCCAACCUACGCCGGAAAAAGAAGUUCAAGAAUUCGCUGCUCCCGGCGUCUGCGAGAGGCUCUCUUGUGAAGGGCGUCCUUGUUCUAAAUGUCACAAGUGUCGUGAUUGGCAUUUUAAUGGUGAUCACGGCACCUGGAAUUGGGUCUUCAAUUGGAGAAAUUGGGUCAAGGCGGAUGAAGAUCGUUGGUGCAAUAAUCGUGCCAAGCUUUUAACCAAGCGUGAUGAUGCAACGUGUCGUAUUAUUUGUUUUGGUAAUGAUUAUCGUCCUGUUGGUGAUUCUAAUUGUUAUUAUGGUUAUGAUUCUUAUUAUGAUUCUGAUGGUACUUAUCAUUCUGGUGUGCUUUAUGGUGGUGGUCGUUCUGGUUCCAUUUAUAUUGAUCACUUAUGUUCAUGCGAAAAACAUUAA